AUGAACGAGCUCUGCAAUUGGUUGUUGAGGUUUCUAAUUUUAGCGGCAGCGCUGGUUGCAUCGAGUUGCGCGCAGUCUUCGCAGACACAGCAUUUACAGCAAGUGCUUGGCAUCGGCUUGGAAAAUCUAAUUUUAUCUACGCUCUAUAAUAACGCGCCGCGUCAAAAUGCCAGCUACGACUUCAUUAUAGUUGGCGCCGGGCCAGCUGGUUGUGUGCUCGCCAAUCGUCUGUCCGAAAAUCCUAACUGGACGGUUUACUUGAUCGAGGCGGGCGGUGUAGAGGGCAUGUUUCAUCAGAUGCCCGUGCUCGCUGCGUAUCUGCAGGGCACACAUUCCAAUUGGGGCUACAAGUCGACACCGCAGAAACGCGCCUGCUUUGGCAUGAAUAACAAUGAGUGCUUCUUGCCGCGCGGCAAGGUGUUGGGCGGCACCAGCUCCAUCAACUAUAUGAUCUACAAUCGCGGCAAUAAACGCGACUUUGAUCGUUGGGCUGCUGCAGGCAAUAAAGGUUGGUCAUAUGCGGAAGUCUUGCCGUACUUUCUUAAAUCGGAAGCCGCAAACCUGGCUGGUUUGGAGGACUCACAAUAUCACAAUCAUACCGGACCGCUGAGCGUGGAGGAUGUGCAGUAUCGCACACCAGCAGUGCAUGCUUAUUUGAAGGGCGCGCAGCAAGCUGGACAUCCACGCACAGACUACAAUGGUGAGUCGCAAAUAGGGGCGUCCUAUGUGCAAGCCAAUACGCUGCGCGGUAGACGUCAUAGCGCAUAUCGCGCUUACAUAGAGCCGAUACGUUAUCAAAGAAAAAAUCUACAUAUUGUGACAAUGACGCGCGUCACGCGUGUGUUAAUAGAUCCCGUUACAAAACGUGCGACCGGUGUAGAACUCAUGUACCGCAAUAAGUACUAUAAGGUGCGCGCACGCAAAGAGGUCAUACUCUCAGCAGGCGCCUUCAACUCACCACAACUUUUGAUGUUAUCCGGCGUAGGACCCGCAGACAAUCUGAAAGCUAUCGGUGUACCCAUAGUGAAGGAACUACCGGUGGGUAAAUUACUCUAUGAUCACAUGUGUCACUUUGGACCCACGUUUACGGUCAAUACAGAUAGACAACUGCUCAACAUAGCGCAUCUCAAUUCCACCGUGGUAAAGUCAUUUCUGCUCGGCAAUCCCACCACUAUGCUAUCUUCCAUUGGCGGCGUAGAGGCGCUCACAUUUUUCAAGGUGCCCAGCUCUAAGGAACCCGUAGAUAUGCCUGAUAUGGAGAUCAUCACAGUAGCCGGUAGCUUAGCCGCCGAUCAAGGCACUGCCCUCAAACAGGGCGCAAACUUCAAAGACGAACUCUACGACAAAGUUUAUCGUCCACUACAAGUCUCAGGACAGGAUCAUUUCAGUUUUCUUAUCAUGCAGUUCCAUCCGAAAUCUGUGGGUCGUAUGUGGUUACACAACCGUAAUCCUUUCGAGUGGCCACGCAUAAACCCGAAAUACUUCCGCAAUGCGGAUGAUGUACAGUUCAUGUUGGAGGGUAUUAAGGAGGCCAUACGCAUUACGCAAACACCAGCGAUGCAAGCAUUGGGCACACGCAUACACGAUAUACCGUUACCCGGCUGCGAACAGCAUAACUUUGGCACUGACGACUACUGGCGCUGUUCCAUACGCACGCUCUCCUACACACUGCAUCACCAAGUGGCCACAUGUAGAAUGGGACCCGAAAGUGAUCCCAGCACUGUUGUUAAUGCCGAGUUGAAAGUGCACGGCAUAAAGCAUUUGCGUGUCGUCGAUACCAGCAUCAUACCUUUCCCGCCCACGGCGCACACCAACGCGGCGUCGUAUAUGAUCGGAGAGAAAGCAGCCGAUAUGAUACGCGGCGACUGGCAGUGA